CCAAAAAAAGAUCCCCUCAGAAUCCCGCGCUGGCGGUGCACCUGCACCAGCUCAUGGAACCGAUGGGGCCGACCAGGUUCAAGACCAGCUCCAUAGCGCUUGAGGAUGUCAGGCUCAUCGUUCCAGUCGCCCCGCCAGAUUGCGCUGGUAGCUGGCCCGUGACGGUCUUGAACGAAUCGGAUUGCCCGGAUGCUGUCGGCCAUGUAUAUUUGUGCGGUACCAUUGAGGACGUUCAGCGGCAAGCACAGCGCUUUCCAGAUGCGCUGGGCUGCUUUUCGGACACCAGAGUGGAGGGCGUGCCAAGCUGCGAGGUUUUGCCCCAACUGCGGCAUGGCUUCAAUGCGCACAGUUGGGAGGCACUGCUGAGGGCUACGUGCUCCAGGCAUGUAGCGACGAUUCAAGAGAAGAUCCUCAGGCAUGCGCGCAGAAGGCCUGACAAGGUGGCGCUCGUUUUUGAGGACAGACACUGGACGUAUCAGCAGCUGUGCUCGGCAGCUUGCAGCCUUCGGGAUUGCCUGGUGGACGCGGGUUUGCGGCCUGAGAAAGGAGCUAUAGGCGUGAGGAUGGACGCCUCGGACUACUCCGCGAUUUGCCAUUUGGCCGUGCUGGCCGGUGGCUUCGCAAUUCACAUCCUCGACCGUGGAGGCCACGGCAGGGUCUCCACUUGCGCGACCCAGGCGCUGAUUACCAUGCGCGGAGAGGGAUUGGAGUUGGAGGAUCUUCGGGUUUUCUAUCUCGACGAGAUUGCCCUAGAUUCCGCAGCUCCGGUCUCGAGCCUGCACGUGAGCGGUGAUGUGAAUGAUAUUGCAUUCAUUGAGUAUACUUCUGGCACUUCGGGCCGCCCAAAGGCUGUGGCCACUACACAGUGGCGCAUUUCACACUGGUCCUGCUGGCACCAGUUUCACUUCCCGCCGGGCGAGUCACGAGACGCCUACAAUCUAUUUUGGAUCUGGUACUGGCACAUACCACUUACCACCGGCAGCACCUGCGUGGUGUGGCCCAACUGGCAAAGCCGAGAUGUCGCUAAGCUCAUGAAAUAUUUUGAGAAGCACAGGGUGACGCGGGUCAACUGCCUCACGCCUGGCCAAAUUUCAGCGCUGCUGGCUGUGCAGGAGACUUUGCCCAAGGACCUUCAGGUGGUCUUCAGUGGUGGUGAGGCCUUGCCACUGGAAACCUGCCGCCGCUGGCGGAAGAAGUGGCCGCAGGUGAGAUUGAUUUGCAACUACGCGAGCACGGAAUGUGCAGCAGACGUGGCCUUUGCGGAAAUUACGGAAGAGAUCGCAAGUUUGGACAUGCCUUACGCCCCCAUUUCUUCGAGUUCGAAUAUCAUAUGCUGGAAUAAUGAGCUCCUCAUCCAGGAUCAGGAGCUGGUUGUGACGGGAUGGAAUGUUUGCAGCGGGUACCUGCCACCCACAGAGUCCACCUCCUUCUCGCCCUGUGAGGAUGGCAUAAGCAACAGCUACCGGACUGGUGACACUGCGGAGAUGCAAAAUGGCAACGUGUUCAUCAUGGGCCGGAAAGAUUCAGGCGCGAAGAUCCGCGGCUUCCGGGUCGACCUCAGCGGCCUGGAGGCCCUGCUGGGCAGGUGCCCGGCGGUGCGCGCAUCGUGCCCCAUGAAGUUCAACGAGGGACUCUACGUGGUCUGCGCCACGGAUGACCUGGACCUGGUCAAAGCUUUCGCCAAGGAAAACUACCAACAUGCGCAGCUUAUCGUAUGGGUGCAAGUGCAGAGCCUACCCUUCACCAAGUCCGGCAAGGCAGACAAGAAGGCCAUCCUGACAACGCUGGAAGACCUGCAGAAGGGCCCAGAAGUUGAGGAGGCGUUUGAGGAUGACACGGAGCGCCGGGUGGCGAAUGCCUACAAGGAGGUGAUGGGCUGGCAGAUUGGCCGAGACGUGCCUUUUGCAGAGGCAGGCGGCCACUCACUCUUCGCCAUGAGGAUAGCGAAGCUGCUGGAUAUCUCGCCGGCGGAUUUGUUCAAAUAUCCCAGCAUCUCCUCCUUGGCAUCGUUCCUGAAGGCGAGCGCCGGGGACACCAGCCCGGCGCUGCCCAUGGAGCUGCCAGCUCCGCAAUUCCAGUUUCCAGCAGAGCCGCUGGCGGUGCUUGGCCUCGCUUGCCGACUGCCGGGCGCAGCCUCGGUGGCCAACUUCUGGCAGGCCCUGCAGGCGGGAGCGCUCCUGACCACAGAGCUGCGCGUGGCUCCGGGCCAGAUUCCCCGCAAAGGGGUGGUGCCAGAUCUUGGCUUCGACUGCCAUUUCUGGAAGUGCUCCGAGCAGACCGCGGCCUUGAUGGACACCACGCAGCGCAGUUUGCUGGAAGUCACCUAUGAGGCCUUUGUUGGUGCUGGACUUCAUCCUCACGGCAGUCGGAUGUCAGUUGUCGACGCCCCGCUGCGCGACACCGCGGUCUUUGUGAGCGGCGGCUCCUUGAGCCACUGGCCGGAGAAGCUGGGCAUGGACCUCGAGGAGUCCCGGACCUUGCGCCCAGACGAGUACUUCAACCUCGAGGUGGCCACAGACAAGGACUACCUCGCCACCAGCAUCGCUUACCGCUUCGACUUCCAUGGACCUGCCGAGGUGGUUCAGACUGCCUGCAGCUCCGCAUUGGUGGCCAUGAGUCGCGCAGUCCACCUGCUGCAAAUGGGCGGCUGCGGAUAUGCGGUGUGCGGCGGGGCCUCCUUCUCGCCGGACGCUCCCAUCGCCGUGGUGAACGGCAUGAUUUGGAGCCCCGAUGGUGUCACGAGGCCGUACUCAGAGGAUGCCAACGGCACCACCAAUUCCGAUGGAGCAGGGGUCGUGCUUCUGGCCCGUGCAACCAAUGCCGCGCAGCAUGCCAGCCAUGGGAAGAUCUUAGGCUCUGCCACCAACAACGAUGGGCGGCGCAAGGCCAACUUCUCCGCGCCCUCCCUCGAGGGCCAGGUCGAAGUUGUAUUCCAAGCGCUGGCCAACGCUGGCAUCGAAGGCUCCCAGCUGCAGUACGUGGAGGGCCAUGGCACCGGCACGCCCUUGGGCGACCCCCUGGAGGUCUCAGCGCUCACCCACGCCCUGGGCAAGGAUGGCCGGAUUCAUCUUGGAUCCGUGAAGGGCAACGUGGGGCAUCUCAACACUGCGGCAGGUGUUCCAGGUGUGCUGAAGGCGUUGCUGGUGCUGAAGCAUCAGACCAUGGUGCCAUCCCUCCAUGCUGUGCGGCCAAGCACAGCGGUGGACUGGACCAGGACGUCCUUGAGCCUUGCGGCGAUCAGCGAACCCUGGAAAGGUCGCUUCGGAGGCGUCAGCUCCUUCGGCAUCGGCGGCACCAAUGCGCACGUGGUCUUGGAAGCAGAGUCUGGGAACGGGCUCAACAUGCGGGAAGUGACCUGGAGCCGCAGUGCUUUGGAGGCGUACUGGCCCGGUGCCGCGGGCAAGGUGCGCCGUGUUGCGAAGCCGAAGGUUGAGGCAGCGGAGAAGCCGAAGACGCUGGAGGACUGGUUCUACGAGGCUUGUCGGGAGAAGGCCCAAGUCAGCCUUCUGCAGCCGAAGAUGGUGGCCUUGCUCUGGGAUGGCGAAGAUGAGGGCGGCCCGCUACCCCAGGGCAUGCCGGAGACAGUUCUCACCACUUGGCCCCGCGCGCUGCACGCGGCACGCGCCGCAGGCGGCUUCCUGAUCUUUCUUGGCACCAGCACCAAAGAACCCGAUGUGGACGAUGAGUCGCAAGCAGAGCUGCUGCUGAACUGCGCAGUCAUGAUUAAGAAGUUAGCGCAGGAAUCCAAAGGCUCGCUGGAGGUGGCCUUUGUGCUGCAGGACACUUUGAGGUACGCGGCGCUGGUGGGCUUCUUGCGCACCGCACUGCACGAGCACCCGGAGAUCCGCCUCAGGCUGCUUCUCCUGGAGGGACGAUCCUCCGUGAGGCUUCCAGCGCAAGCCGGGGAGUUCAUCCUCACCACGGAAGGCAUCUUUGAGCCUCGCCUGCGCGCUGUGCCGGCGCCGAAAGUCGCAAGUCCCUCGAGGUUCCGCCGCGCCCUGGUCACUGGCGGCUUGCGCGGCUUGGGCCUUCGCGUCGCCAAGUGGCUGGCGGAGACUGGGAGGGCGGAGUCCUUGGUGCUCAUGGGCCGCCACAGACCCGAAGGGCCCAACGCAGAGCUCUUACAGCUGCUCUCGAAGCAGCUCCCCACCGAGGUCUGCCUGGCGAACGUGGCCUCCUGGAAGGAGGUGCAGACCCUGCCUUCUGAUUGCGACUUGGUGGUGCACUGCGCGGGGACGGUCAAGGACGGCUUGUUGUUGAGCCUGACGGAGGACGCCGUGACCAAGGUGCUGGACCCGAAGAUCCGGGGCGCCCUGCACCUCAGGAAGAAGUACCCUCACGCGACGAAGGUUGCCUUCUCUUCCAGCUCCGGACUGUUCGGAGUGCCCGGGCAGUCCACCUAUGCCGCAGGCAACACCUUUGUGGAUGCCGUCAUGCCGUCAGUGCAGUGGGGAGGCUGGGGAGAGACCGGCAUGGCAACGGAUCUAGGGAUCAAGCCGCAGCCGGGGGAGAACUUCAUGUCCGUGGCCGACGGCCUUGAAUGCUUCGGCCGGAUCCUGGAUGGGGCCCUGGAUCGCAAGAUCCCUUACGCCAUUCUGGAUGUGCACUGGCCGGUUUUCCGGAGGCAGACUGCAGUGUUCCAGGCAGACGAACCCUUACUCGCCACGAUUGAACAGGCGCUCAGUCUGGCGCCUGCGAGCCUGGAUCAAAGACAGGCUUGGACGAUGCUGGUGGGCCCCGCUGGCUGUCGUCACCAGGGCAGCCUGCCGCGUCUGGAGCUGUGCCAGCAGCAUUGGGUCAGCGGCACGGUGGUGAUGCCUGGAAGCGCCUUCCUCGCCAUUUCUCUGGAGGCAGUGGCACAGGUCAAGUCCACUGAGAUGGUGACCCUGGAGGACAUCAAGUUCACGCUGCCCCUGGAGCUGAAAACUGCCCGGCUGCUGACACUGACGAUCACGAGAGCUGAGUCAGGUGGGGCGCUGCGUUUCAGCAGCCGGGCGCUGGGCGCUGAGGCGCAGGAGGAGGUGGUCCACUGCACCUGCUCCUUCAGGGCUGAGCCCUGGGAGUUGACUCAAAGCUCCUUGGAGGCGCCUGAGACUUCACCGGUACCGGACAUCUACGACCAGUUCGCAGCGGCUGGCUACGUCUAUGGCCCAGACUUCCAAGGCCGCAACUUUGGAGUCCAGGGCGACUUCGCGUGCUGCGAGCUGCCCAAGGCCAUGCGAGGCUUCGCGUUAGAUCCUGCGGACCUGGACGUGGCCAUGCAGUUGUCCUCCCUCGUCCAUCCCUUGGGCAUGCGAGGCGCCCCUCACCAGAUCCGCGAGGUUACCGCCAAGGUGGGUUCCCAGUUGGCCAAGUCCCAUGCCCGCUACACAGGUGCAGAGAGCGCCGAUGUGCACAUGUUCAACGACAAGGGCGAAGUGGUUUGCCGCGUGGCAGGCCUCACAUUGGCCAGCACGCACGCGGAGGCGCAUCUCAAGAGCUGCCGGACGCGCUGGGAGGAGAUUGCUCCAGUUCCGCGUUCCUGCUGGCGAGUGGUGGGCGAGGAAGUGAAGAAGCUUUGCCUCGAUGACGUCACAGAGAGCCAUCAAGAAUUUUACGAGGCCGUGGCGUACGCUGUGUCGGCAAGGACCAUGGAAGAUGUGAAGCGAUGUCAGACGGAAGUCCGGAAGCUGGUGGCACGCUGCCGAUGCUGGCUGCUGUGUGUGGAAGGCGAAGGCUGCCGAUUUGCAGAGGCUGCUGCAGAGGCGGCAUUGGAGGUGGGCGCCAUGGCCGUCAUCGGCAGCCGGGAGCAGCUCAAAGCCGCGGCGCGAGAUCUGGGCAUGGACUCCAAGUCUGUGCUGCGCAUCAUCGAGGAGAACGGCGUGGCGCGGCUGAAGCAGCGGGUGACGCAGGAGGAGCAGCAGGCGCCGGAGCUUCGGGCCCUGAGGACAGAGCCCUACAUUGUGGAGAUCGACACCUCCAGCGGCACUAAGGGAGCGCAUUGCCGGCGCAGCGAGCGCCGCGCUCCGCAGAAGGGGGAGGUGGAGAUCCACACCUCGCUCUGGGCGCUGAACUUUCGCGAUGUCCUGGUGGCAUUGGGCGCCAUCCCCGACACAGUGGCCGGCACCUCCCUGGGCCUGGGCGGGGAAACCUACGGCACCGUCACCGCGCUAGGCGAAGGUGUUUCCCAUUUGGCCGUGGGUGACUCGGUGAUUGCCAUUCCUCCCGAUGGGAUGGGCUCUUACCUGGUAACGGAUGCCAGGAUGGUGGCCAGAGCUCCACAAGGCAUGACGCCUGAAGAGGCGGUCUCAGGCACCUGCGUCUAUGCCACCGCAUGGCUGGCCUUGCACUGGUGUGGCCGUAUCCAGCCUGGGGAGAGAGUGCUGAUUCACAGUGCCGCUGGGGGAGUUGGUUUGGCAGCCGUGCACCUGUGCAAGAAGGUGGGGUGCGAGAUCUAUGCCACAGCCUCCACAGAGGAGAAGAAGCGGCUCUUGGAGUCGCUGGGGGCGACAGCCUUCAACUCCCGGAAGCCCAAAGAGUUCGAGGAUGGCAUCUUGGAGGCCACGAAGGGUGAGGGCGUGGACGUUGUGCUGAACUCCCUCAGCGGCGAGGCCAUCUUGGCGUCCUUCCGCCUGCUGCGGGAGUUUGGGCGCUUCCUGGAGAUCGGCAAGCGAGACCAGUAUGAGAACACUCAGCUGGGCCUCGGCCAGUUUCUGAAAGGCAUCUCCUUCUCCGCAGCCCACUUCGACGUGCUCAUGCUGAAGCGCCCGGAGAAGUGCGCCAAGCUUUUACAGGAGGUCUGGGCCGAGAUGCCCGGCCUGCCGCGGCUGCCCAGCAGGACCUUCCCCAUGUCGGACCUGCAAGGUGCCCUGAACUUCUUCGCCAAGGGUGUCCACAUCGGCAAGAUCCUGGUGUCCGUUGAGGAUGUGGCAGUGCAGCCAGCCCGGCCCAGCAGAAUCUUGCGGCCGCCAGCCGACUUUGCCUCGCAAGCCCUGAAGGCGAAGUAUGGCAUGGACGAAGGCGCUGGGGGCGUGCACUGCGUCCCGCAGCUGGCAGACGCCAGCGAGGAGCUGCUGGCGCCCAACGCCCGCAUGGUUCUCACAGCCUCGGGUGCAGUGGCAACGAUGGCCAGAGAGCUUUGCCCGGAGGCCACUUGCGUGUGGCUGCCUCGUUGGGAGCCGGUGAACUCUCUGGAUGAGUGGCUCAAGCUGGGAGGAUUCAUCCGUGCUUCAGAAGAAGAGCCCAUCGGAGAUUUAAGUGGAUGGUUGCUGAGCAUCGUAGAGGAGAUGGCGGGCCCCAUUGAAAUGGACACCACCUUCGAAGAUGCAGGCUUGGACUCGCUCAGCUUGAUUUCCUUGGCCCGGAGACUAUCCUCGAAUGUCAGCAAGGUGAUAUCGGUAGCGGACCUCAUGGACAACCCGACGCCACGACGGCUCCUGCAGGCAUUGUCGGGAGGUCCACAGUCGCAGCUGUCACGGCCGAAAGCGGUGUGUUUGCAUGGCUUCCGCUCCAACAAGGACGCGCUUGCUGCACAGCUGGGCCCAUUGAUCAGCGCCAUCGGCGGGGUGGAGUGGCUCUUUGUGGACUCUCCGCGCAGGGCGACUGGCCUAGCGGCAGAGCAUAUCGACGCUCAUGACGCCCGCGAGUGGUGGGGCAGCGGCGAUUUCGAGACAGGUUGGCAGACCAACUACGAGGCGCUGAGCGCCACGCUGCCCUCGGUGCGCCAAAUUGGCGCAGUGGGCGCGGUGGGCUUCUCCCAGGGCGGGGGCGUGGCCGCGCUGCUGGACUGCGCUUGGAAAGUGCUUCUGUCACCAGUCAAAGCGCCGGGGCUGCAGCGCCGCUCUGAUAGCUGCUUGCUGGCUUAUGACCCUGCAGAAGAGCACGUGGAGGAAUGCAAGCACGUGGGAGAGUUCUUCACAAGAAGACAGCUCCACGCGCAUGACGCAGGCCACGGCGUGCCCCGCGACGCUCACUUCGCAAAGGUUUUCCGGGAUUUUGUGUCACAGCAACUCUGAGAGGGGGCUUUCAGUAGACUUCCACCACAUGGAACCUGAGGGGAGGGAUCCUGGAAGACGUUUUUUUCCUCUAAAAGCGACCCUCUGGUGGGUUCCAUGUUAAAUGGAAGGGCGGGCAAAUGGUUUGCUUGCCAUUUUCAUUUCACUUUUUUGCUGGAAGAUCCAACAGGGCAUCCAACAGCGAGCACGUUGGAUGAGGACCCGCGUUUGCGAAAUAUAUUUAUGUAUGUAUGAAUUCGAUUAGCUUGCAUUUUGUUCCAGCACUUGGGCGCGCCCAAGCUUAGCCGGCGAUCGAAAAGA